GGUCAAUUCGGAGAAAAACAUGGGCCGGCAGUAUUACACCGCCCGCCGAAUUUCUUUCCUUCACCUCCAUCACCGGCUUUUCGGCCGCAGACCACCGUUUCCAUGGCUUCGAAUUUGUCCGUUCGAGCGGUCAGAACCGCUUGCAUUGCAUCAAAGGCCCGCCCAGCUGCGGGUCUGAUGCCCUGCCGCUCUCUGAGCUCGAUGCCAGACGUGCCGACCGCGGAAUCAGACAAGCCCCGAUGGUCCUACACUCCGCCGCGCGCAAAGGCGCCUUUUAGUCUCCGGAUGAACUCCAAGCGCCCCAGUUUCCACGUCAACACGGAUCCCACCCUCCUCGACCAAUUCUACAUCCGCAUGCUGGGGAAUGGCGGCGACCGAAUGCUCUCGGAUGAGCUCAAGUGGUUGGCGGUGACACAUAAGAGUUUUGACCAAGGGCGUCGCGGGUUCAAUGACCGAUUGGCCUUCCUAGGCAAGCGAAUCGUGCAAUUGCAGACAUCGCUGGCCCUGGUGCAGCGGGAGACCCCCAGCGCCCCCGUCACCAAGGACGAGUAUGGCCGCGUGCCCUUCGUCCAUCCGGCUCUCAACGGGCUGAAAAACCUUUCGUCAGACACCAAGGGCUUCAUCACCGAUCGCUCGAAGCUUGCGGAUCUCGCCCAGAAGUACCAAAUGCAGAAUGUGAUUCGAUGGAACCCCGCCAAGCCUGAUAAUCUCUACCGAUCCGGCCUUGAGCUCGUCCUUGCGAACGCUUUGUACGCGGUUGUUGGUGCCGUUUCGUUGGAAAAAGGGGGCAAAGUUGCCAACAAGGUGGCCCAGGACCGAAUCCUCGAACCAUUGGGAGUGUAA